AUGAUACAAUUCCGAGCCUUUCCUUUCACUAUUCUUUGUAUCAGUAUCCUCCUCUUUAUCGUCUUUCUUAAUACUUCAACCCCUUCGUACUUAACCCACUAUUCCUCCAACCUUCUCCAAAAAUCCAGACCAGCUCAUGGAUCUUCCGAUGUUGCAAACAGUACGCUUGGAUUCCAGAGAAUAUUCGCAGUGGGAUUACCGGAACGAAGUGAUAAGAGAGAUGCUCUUACGCUGACAAGUAGUUUGACGGGUUUCAAGAUUGAAUGGGUGGAUGGAGUGAAGGGGGAAACGGUCACGGAUAAAGCAGUGCCGUAUGGCGCUGAUAGGGCGAAGUUAUGGGAGUCGAAUUUGGGGAGUUGGAGGGGACAUAUGAAUGCUGUUCGGAAAAUUGUCGAAGAAAAUCUCACCAGCGCAAUGAUACUAGAAGAUGAUAUGGAUUGGGAUACUCGUUUAAAAACUCAACUCCUUACCUUCGCAGCUGGCUCACAAUUCAUCCAAUACCCCUCCAGCACCCCAGCACAUCUCAUUUCUCCCUACGGCGAUAACUGGGAUCUACUUUGGCUCGGCCACUGCGGCGAAGUCUUCCCCGAAACCCUCGACGAAUACAAAUCUCUCCCUCCCUCCACCCCCGAAAUCGCACAUCUCUCCCGAAAAUACAUCAUCACCUCCGAUCCUACCGUAGCCCCCCCGCACACUUCAAAGGCUUCCAAAACGCCACCCAAAACCCAUAUACGAGAUGGUCAACAAGGGGCGCGGAAAGUCCUCUGGGAUCUUAGUGUGGAUAAAUUGGCGGGACCGUUUGAUAAUGCGCUAGCGGGACUGUGUAGAUGGGGUAGAGAUAGGAAGAGGCUGGGCAUGAGAUGUGUGAGUGUGACGCCGGCACUGUUUCAGCAUCAUAAGGCAAAAGGGUGGGUAGGUGGAGAUUCGGAUAUUCAGAAGGUGGGGGGGGAGAAGGGGGAGGUGAGGGAGAAGGGUAUGACGGAGAAUUUGGUUUGGAGUGCGAGGAUGAAUGUUAGGGAGUUGUUGAUGGGGGAGAAGAUUAGAGGUCAGUGGGAGGAUGAGGAUGUGGUUUGA